AUGCCAGGGGCAGCUGGGGGCAGGGCCAUCCUCGGAGUACUCGACGGCCUCGCCGCACAGAGACUGUAUGUCGUCGGCCAGCGUGGGGAGCAGCGGGGCUCGCGCAAGCGUCGUCGGCACUGCACUGGCUUGCGGUUGCUCGCGCUGCUCGGCGCGCUCCUGGCCGCCGGUGCGGCAGCGGCGUUCCACGCGCGGCCGCAGCUGUGGGACACUCUCAAGGAGGCGGCGGGUCUCCGGCGGACGCGGCGCUGGGCGAAGCUGGCGGAGCAGCAGGCGGCCGCGGCGGCCGCGACCACCAAGAAGGCAGAAGCGGCGCCGUCCGUGGCGACGCGCCUCUUUGAGCGCGCCGCCCUGCCGCUAGUCCGCGAAUACAUCAUUUCGCACUAUGACGACUUUGCGGCCUCCAAACUGACGUUUCGCGACCUGAAGGAGCACCUCGGGAGCGCGAUGGGGAUGACCUACGAGGAGCUCAAGAGCGACGAGCUCUCUGCAGUGAUUGAGGACGCCGUGGACGCCAUCUCCACAAAGUGCGAUAGCGGAAAGACGGACCGGGAGCAGUGCGCGUCAAUGCUGGGGUAUGUCCCGACGGGCGAGGCGUAG